AUGGCGGCGAAUGGCGAUGACAUUAUUGAAGGCGAAAUUGAUGGUGUAGUUGUUGCGAUUGUUGUAGUUGAUAAUAGCGUUGAUGAUGAAGAAAGUGGUGUGGUUGUGGCUGUUGGCGCGUUAGACAAUGUUGAUGUUGAUGGUACUGUCGAUGAUGCUGGUAAUGACCCUUCAGUGGGUGAUGGUGGAGAUGGCGAUGUAGUUGACGAUGAUGCUGGUGAUUGUGUUAUCAGUGAUGAUGGCGGUGAAGCUGUCGUUGAAGCUGUCGUUGCUAAUGAAUUAGUUGAUGAUUGCGGCGUUGGUGAAGACAAUGAUGAUGCUAUUGCUGGUGAUGUUGGCAGCGGCAAAAGUGUUUCAUUAUUUGUUGGUGAAGAGGUUGUAGUUAUAGGAAGAGAUGUAUUGGGCGAUAGUUCUGAACUCGCCGAUUGA